GCUUGCAGCACUUAGAAAGGUUAGCAACUUCAGUUAUUUGUCAUUUAAAGCUUGUAAUGUAUCGUUUGUAGUAGUAGUUAGCCUUCAAAGACUCGGUUAUAUUGUGUUUUUUAGAGCUAAUGCUAGUUAAAGUGUCUUUUUGGGGUGCUGCUGUUUAUUUCUUUAUAACACAAGUUUGCCAAAUGUGAGGUCCGUUUGACGGGGCUUUAAUCAAACCAAACCACCAGCCAUGAGGUCUUUGAACUAUGUUCAACGGGUCAGCCUGGAUUUCACCGGAACUCUGUUUCCUCACGCGAUCUGUCUGGGAGAUGCAGACAACGACUCGCUCAACGAGCUGAUCGUUGGAGACACCAGCGGAAAGCUGCUCAUCUACAAGAAUGACGACUCCAAACCGUGGAUCACAAGAACCUGCGUGGGGAUGGUCGGUGCCAAACCAGAUAUCUCGUGUUGGCUGAAUGUUUACGUUCCCCUUACUUGUGUGGCAGUUGGAGAUGUUUGCAACAGAGGGAAGAACGUUGUGGUUGCUGUGGGUGCAGAAGGCUGGUUUCACCUCUUUGACUUGACCAAUGCGGCUGCUAGUAAAUCUGAUUCCUCCAGCCAGCACGAAUUUGUGUCAUCUGAGGACCAAAGGCCCUUUUUCACCCAACAUAUUCCUGCCAACACCAAAGUUCUCCUCAUCAGUGAUAUCGAUGGAGAUGGACGCUGUGAGCUGGUGGUGGGCUACACAGACCGAGUGGUGCGAGCUUUCCGGUGGGAGGAGCCGUCGGACAGCUCGGACGUAGGAUCUGGUCAAAUGGUUCUGCUGAAGAAAUGGCUUCUGGAGGGGCAGGUGGACAGUCUGUCCGUUAAUCCGGGUCCGGAGGGUCUGCCGGAGCUCAUGGUGUCCCAGCCGGGCUGCGGCUACGCCAUCCUCCUCUGCACCUGGACGCAGCAGGACUCCACCGACUCUGACGAGGACGCCCCGGCCACACCGGGCAGCGAGGGGCCCUCCAGAGACGUCGCUCUGCAUCUGACCACGGGGCGCAUCCACAACAAGAACGUUUCCACCCAUCUCAUUGGCAGCAUAAGCAAAGGUUCAAAAGAGGAAUCUGCUAAAUGUGGACUGUUUGCACUCUGUACGUUAGACGGAACCCUGAAGCUGAUGGACAGCUCAGAGCAGCUGUUGUGGUCAGUUCAGGUGGACCACCAGCUCUUUGCCCUGCAGAAGCUCGAUGUCACGGGAGAUGGCAGAGAGGAAGUGGUGGCGUGUGCCUGGGACGGUCAGACUUACAUCAUCGACCACAAUCGAACCGUCGUGCGGUUCCACUUCGAUGAAAACGUCAACGCCUUCUGUGCCGGUCAGUACACCUGCAAGGAGGGCAGGAACAGCCCCUGCCUGGUGUACGUCAGCUUCAGCCAGAAGAUCUACAUCUACUGGAAGGUGGAGCUGGAGCGCAUGGAGUCCACCGACCUGCUGCGAGUGCUGGACGAGAGGCCCGAGUUCAGGAGCCACCUGAAGGCGCUGGGAGUCGAUGCUGAGGAUUCAGCUGCCGUAAAAGACCUGGUGGCAAACCUCCUUUACCAGGAUUCACGGACGUAGCGCAUCCACACAUGUCACCGCUCUGCCUCUCUCUGAUUCCCACCCCUACCCCCCUCCCCCUUCCCCGAAUGUAAACAGCGCUCUAAUAAACCCUCCCUGUCCUUCCCCCGUGCGGCUGGUGGCGUUUUCUUUGUUUUUCCCGUCAGAAAAGACGUGCCAGGCUGAACGCUUUCUGAAGAAUCUCAGACCUGCACGCUGCCUCUGUCAUUGGUAUUCCGUCCGCCCGGGUUGCCUUUAACGAAACAGAGGGAGGACGAAAGCAAAAAAGGAUACAUGCAGGAGGGAAAUGCUGCACUGUUUAACCCGCUGCUUUCCCCCGCUGACUGAGUUUUCUGUCUGUCAGAAAGGAGCCUCCUGACCAAAACGGAGGUCCAUCCUUCCCUGUCAUCCCCCUGUGGCUUCACAAAUCUGUUUUAUCUGGUGGAUCUGAGCAAGGAUGCAAAGCCCCGCAGAUCUUACGUAACGCGGCCUGUGUUGCGUAAUGGCGCCGGCAUGGCAGCCAGACGGCAGCAGAGCCCGCCAGCUGAGCGCCAAUCGGCCAGCAGGGCGUGACCAACGGAGGGGUUGAGGGGGAAUCACCCACUGUUCCUCCGGGGAGGAUCCUAUAACCACCUCUGCCUCUCCCAUGCAAUAUAGAUGAGGUGUGCGCCUGAGGGAGGGGCUCGGGUGUCCUGGAGGGCCGCAGCCUCUCCUCUGCCCUUUAGAUGUGUGCUCCAAACCCCGUACCCAGAGCUCUGAGGUUUCACCCGAUUUACUAUUUACAGUUUGUUUAAUUGGUACCCGUGUUUUAUUAAAGUUUGACAUUUCCGGGCAUGUUCUGGUAAAAGAAAAAAAAAGCCUUCAUUCUACACUUUCCACCGACAGAUAACAGUUUAUGGUCUCGUCGCUAAAUAACUCAAAUGUUAUUUGACUCAAAUAACUUAAAACGUGCCCAUGAGGCAGUGGUUUAUCCUGUUAGAAGCAUCCAGUGAUCAUGCACAAAUAAUAUCAUAACUUGUGAAUGAAUAGUGAAAAUGGUGUCCAUGGUGGUGACUGGUCGCAUUGUAGAAAGAAUGUAUUUCAACCCUGCCAAAGCACAUGGGGGAUCAUCUUUUAUUCAAGAGGAUAUGUUUUAGAUGAGUAAGAAAGAUUUGUUGUUUUCGUGCUUGGUCGGUUUCAUGAUGUAAAAUGUUUGGUUUUUUAUUGUAUAUAAUAACAUUAUAUCAUAUAAAAUUGGUUUGUGAAG